AUGUCUUCCGCGACAAUCAAUUUGCCAAAUGGCAGCGCGUACGAACAACCAAUUGGCUUGUUCAUCAACAAUGAGUUCGUGCAAGGAACGGGAGAAGAAUUCGAGGUCGUCGAUCCUGCCUGCGACAAGCCGAUUCUGAGUGUGCGAGGUGCUUCGCUCAAAGACGUGGACACUGCGGUCGAAGCUGCCAGAGAGGCAUUCGACAGCGGACCUUGGUCGGAUCUGACUCCAAAGGAGCGCUCUACAAUCCUCUUCAAACUCGCAUCUAUCUUGGACCGCGAGAGGAAUCUCCUAGCUGCCAUCGAUGCUUACGAUCUAGGAAAGCCGUACGAAGCUGCGCUCGCUGGGGAUUUGGAUGAGACUGUCAACGUUUUUGAGUAUUAUGCUGGCUGGGCUGACAAGAUUGACGGCAAGCAGAUCGAUACCUCAGCAGAGAAACUUUGCUACACAAUCCAAGAGCCACUGGGUGUGUGUGCCCAGAUCAUCCCGUGGAACUUCCCAGUCAUGAUGCUUGCCUGGAAAGUUGCUCCAGCACUAGCCUGCGGGAAUGUGGUGGUUUUGAAGCCAGCAGAACAGACUCCGCUAUCAGCCAUGUACUUUGGCAACUUGGUGAAAGAGGCCGGGAUCCCUAAGGGUGUCGUGAACAUCAUCCCAGGACUGGGCUCGGUCACUGGCAAAACUCUGGCAGAGCACGAGAGAGUGGACAAAAUUGCCUUCACCGGCAGCACAGCCACCGGUAAAUCCAUUAUGCGAUCUGCGGCCGCAAAUCUGAAAAAUGUCACUCUUGAGUGUGGUGGCAAAUCUCCUCUAAUCGUCUUCGAGGAUGCUGAGAUGGAAAAUGCCGUCCAAUGGGCGCAUACUGGAAUUAUGGACAACUCGGGCCAGGUUUGUACAUCGACAUCCAGAAUCUACGUGCACGAAAGCCGAUAUGAGGAAUUUACAAAAGCCUUUGUGCAGCACACGGAGCGGAAUGCAAAAGUCGGAGCGCCUUUUGAGGCUGGAGUCAACCACGGACCACAAGUCUCCCGAGCACAAUUCGACAAGGUGCUUAAUUAUCUGGAACAAGGCAAGCAGGAAGGAGCCCGGGCGGUGACGGGAGGUGCCAAAAUCGAUCGGGAUGGGUACUUCGUCCAGCCAACCGUCUUUGUCGAUGCUUCCGAAGAUUCAACGAUCAUCCGCGAAGAGAUAUUCGGCCCAGUCGUGACUAUCAGCAAAUUCAAAGAUGAUGCUGAUGCGGUUGCGAAGGCGAACAACACUUCGUAUGGACUCGCUGCAGCACUCUUCACCGAAAAGAUCUCGCGAGCCCACAAGGUAGCGCGAAAGCUUAGAGCCGGCAUGGUAUGGAUCAAUUCGAGCGGAGACUCGCACUAUGGGAUUCCAUUUGGGGGCUUCAAGUCCUCGGGCAUUGGCCGAGAGCUUGGGUCGUACGCUUUAGAUGCAUACACGCAGACAAAGGCCGUGCAUGUGAAUCUCGCUAUCUGAGCUCUUAGGCCAGGCCAUGGAAUUGGUCCAAGCAUAGAAAGCCAAAGACCGUUUCCUGCCAUUGGUAGUGCGCGAACACACGCUGUGGAGUGCUGUCGAGUUUCCGGAG